AUGAAGAGAAAGAGAAAGAGAAAGAAAAGAAAUGUACUAACGACAGAAGGCCCACCCCACAGCCACUUCCCACUCGGUCGAGACGAAGACAAGAGCACGACUGCGCAACCACCACGACCCUCGAUUUUUUUUUUGUUUUUUGGGGCUCAUAAAUUGCAAUCCUUCGGGUUGGCUGGGACCGCUACAAAAAGAGCUAAAAGAGGUUAUAAAGCAACGACGGCAAGCAAUUGGGUGAAAGUCAAACCCCUGCGCGCAAAGAGCGCUGCGCAGAUCAAAACCCGCCGAGCACCUAACGCGGAUUCCAACGGGCGGUGA